CACACCGCGGGUAUCUGUUCCGUGCCCAGAUUCCCAGGGUUUGUUUUGCCGUGCCUGGGAGUUCACCCAGUUCAAGAGGUUUCAACAGAGGAGCAACACAGUGUUACUUUGAAGGAUCUGGAUGCUGCGUUGCCGCUAAUAGAACUCUACAAAGAUAAAUUGGUGGGGAUCGGAGAAGUUGGACUAGAUUUCACUCCCAGAUUUGCCAGCACGGAUGAACAGAAGGAAGGACAAAGACAGGUUCUGAUCAAGCAGAUUGAGUUAGCAAGAAGACUGGAUUUGCCUUUAAAUGUCCAUUCCCGCUCAGCUGGAAGACCAACCAUUAAUCUCUUAAAGGAACAAGGUGCUACAAAGGUGUUGCUCCAUGCAUUUGAUGGGAAGCCAUCUGUAGCGAUGGAAGGGGUGAAAGCUGGAUACUUCUUCUCCAUUCCUCCUUCCAUUAUAAGGAGUGAACAGAAGCAGAAGCUUGUGAAAGUGUUACCUCUGGAAAGUAUGUGCUUAGAAACUGAUUCUCCUGCUCUGGGGCCUGAAAAACAGGUCAGAAAUGAACCAAAAAAUAUUUACAUUGCUGCAGAAUACAUUGCCAAAAUUAAAGGAAUUCCAGUUGAAGAAGUUAUAGAAGUGACUACUCAGAAUGCACUGAAAGUAUUCCCCAAACUUCGGAACUUUCUUCGGAUAUAGACUUAGAAACUGAAAUAUAUGAUAUUGCAGAAACUAUUAUUUAUGGUAUAAUAAAUAAAACCAAAAUGCAUCGUGU